AAUAAUUAAUGUUUGCCGCACCUGCAUUCCACGAAAACCGAAGGACAUUGCUAUUACAAUUUCGCAGAAUCUUCGCUUGAACUUCCUAUUAUACUUUACAUAAAUUUAUCCAUCAUUCACGGAAUGUCGAAUUGUGUGUCACCAGUGUCGAAAAUUCUCCAUUAUACACACAUUGCUACUCGUGGAGUACUGUUUUUGGUCCUACCAGUGUCACCACACAGAAAAUUCACCAGUCUUUCCUUUUCAGUUAGUUCUAAAAAGAGCUCUAAAAUUUCCAUUUUUAGUUAGUUCCAAAAAGAGUUAUAAAUUUGAUGCCCAGUCAAACAUCCUCGUGGAGUACUGUUUUUGGUCGACUUAUUUCAGUAGACAUUCUCAAAGAGUGUAGUUUUCCGGAGCUCUUUCCCAGGUUGGAUCUUCCUUAAUAUUCGCUGUUGCUCUUGCUCCUUGCAUCCUUUGUGGACAAAUGGAGUUGGAGGCAGUAGCUUCUGUGGUGAUAGAGAAACUCAAGGAUAUGCUGUCUGACGAGAAAGCAGACAAAAGGGUGAUACAGAAACUCAAGGAUAUGCUGUCUGACGAGAUAACAAACAAAAGGGUGAUAGAGGAAGCCUUAGAAAAACUGAAACGCGUCAUUGCUGACACAGACGAGGAGCAAAGAAAUAGUGAAGAAUUUAAGAAGUGGGCUGAAGAGUGUCUGCGUAGUCUGUACUAUGUUGAGGACACUGUUGAGUCUUUUGCCCUUGGCGUUGCUCGUCAGAAGAAGAAAUGGGCCUUCCUUAUAAAUCACUCUUCGGUUCUCAAGAACUUCAGGGCCUGCCAAAAGCUGAGAAGGAAGAUGAAGAGAAUCCCUUCAGACAUUAAACGGGUGAUCGAUAAAAAGUCCAAAGAUACUGGCAAACAGCACACAUGUAGCAAUGGGACAACCACUCAUAUGGGUGAUCAGAAUGGCGAUGCAGCUGAAAAUGGAGAUAUCAAAGACCACAACAAUGAGGAUUCCGCAGAGUCAAAAGUCAGAGUGCAACAGCAUAGCUAUUCUAUGAUCCCAGAGGAUCACCCAAUAGAUAAAAUACCUCUAAGGUGCGUCCCCAACAAGUUUUUGAUGUUCGACCGUAAAAAAUAUGCCACGCUCAAAUAUACAAAUUCUUGUGAUGAAGAAGAAGUGGAGAUAGAUAAAAAACCUCAGAGGUGCGUCAGCGACAAGUCUUUGAUGUUAGACCGUGAAAAACAAGCCAAGCUCAUGUAUACAAAUUCUUAUGAUGAAGAAGAACUGGAUAUAUUUGACAUUAGACAAGACGUGCAUGACUUAGUGGAAAGACUAACCAAGACAGCUGAUGAUGGCAGGGCUCUGAUCGUUCAAAUUGAUGGUGAGAUGGGUUCUGGCAAGACUACUUUGGCUCGUGCAGUCUACGGAAGUAGGAACAUCAAAAAACAUUUUGGGUCUGGCUGCGCAUGGGUCACUAUUUCAAAAGAGUCUAAUGAAUCAGAUGUAUUGCGGAACUUGCUAAAACAGGUGGGGAAUUCCAAUGACUAUGCAGAUCUAACCCCUGAGGAGCUGCCAAAUAGACUUUUGGAGUGCUUAAAUAGAAAAAAAUACUUGAUUGUGUUGGAUGAUGUACAGAGUGAUCAGUGGGAGGGGCUGAAAACUGUUUUCUCAGACAGUCAAAAUGGAAGUACACUACUUCUCACUACCACCACCACUGUUAAUCCAAUGUGGUGCGUAUCUAGUCUCCAAAAUGUGAAAAGUCUAGGUCAAAGAUAUAGCUGGAGCUUGUUCUUGAAGAAAGCUGGUUGGGAUACUUGGGAGGAAAGUUCAGAACAUGAGGUUCUGAAGCAGCGAAUUCUUGGUGUCUGCAAUUGUUUACCCCUUAAUAUUGUCCUUCUUGGCAGUCUAUUGUCGACCAAGGAAAAUUCAGAUCGCCUUGAUUAUCUUCAAAAGAUACUGAAAAGCCAAACAAACUGGAAAACGGAGGACAUCGUAUCCCUUAGCUAUACUCAUCUGCCUUACCAUUUGAAACUGUGUGUACUAUACCUGGUGCUUUUCCCUAAAGAGUACGACAUUCCAGUAAGGAGGCUACUUCGAUUGUGGCUUUCAGAGGGAUUUGUAGAACGCAAACCAAAUAUUUUCCCGGAGGAUGUGGUACAAGAGAACUUCAAUGAUCUAGUCAAGCGGAGCAUGAUUCAGAUAUCCAAAUUGAGGUCUGAUGGCAGUCCAAGAAGAUGUCGGUUACUAGGCGUUCUCCAUGACUAUCUGUUGCCCAAGGCCCAGAACAUCAGCCUUUUCCAUGUUCACUGCAGUACAUCUAGCGGAGAAGAUUUAGUACCCUGGAAUGUUAGACGGCUUGUUGAACACGCUAGCAGUAAGAAUAUUUAUAGUGAUGCUUCCCGGCUUGAACAUCUUUGCUCUUACUUAUCAUUCAAUUUCCAGAGGAAAGACACCCCAGCCAAGGAAGUAGGCAGCCUUCUAAGCCGCAUAAUUGAUAAGGGCUUCGGUUUACUGAGGGUGCUUGACCUGGAAGGAGUGUAUAAGCCAAGUUUGCCUUUGAAUCUUGGUGAUUUAUUUCACUUGAGAUACUUAGGAUUAAGAUGGACUUUCUUGGAUGCUCUUCCCUCGUCAGUAGGUGACUUGCCAUAUCUUGAGACACUAGAUGUGAAGCACACUAACAUAAAUAACUUACCCACCUCCAUGUGGAAAUUGAAGCACUUGCGUCAUCUCAAUCUCAGUCACAUGCGUCUUGACAUGCCCAAGCAUUCAGAUCGCAAUUCUUUGCCUGAACUCCUGACGCUGUGGGGAUUGUCUGUAGAUGGUGAGAGCCCAGUGAAGAAUGGUCUGGAUCGAUUGCUUCAUCUUAGAGAAGCAGGCAUUACUUUCUGUUUGAGCAAUUGUGAAGACCUGCUCAAUUGGAUUUCUGAUUUAACUUCUCUUCAAUCUUUGAGGCUACGAUCUAAAAAUGAUGUAGGGCAUCCUUCAGAUUUUGGUAAGCAGCCGUUGUCACUGUCAAGGCUGAGCAAGCUUUCCCACCUAAACUUGCUGGGUGAAUUACCAAAAUUGCCUGAAAAUUUACCUCAAGGUCUUAAAUUAAUCACAUUAUCUCUUUCAAAGCUGACAGAGGAUCCUAUGCCGAUUCUGGGGAAGCUUCCACAACUUAAUGUCCUCAGGCUUUUAUCUGACUCCUAUAUGGGCAAGAAAAUCGUGUGCCCUCAGGGAGGAUUUGAAGAGCUUCGAGUUCUCAAGCUUUGGAACCUGAAGAACUUGGAAGAAUGGAAUGUGGAGGAAAGGGCAAUGGAGAAGCUCAAAGAGAUUAAUAUCCGAUGCUGUAAUAAACUGAUGAGCAUUCCCAGCACACUGAUGAAACAAAGAAGUCUCAAGGAACUGGUCAUAACCAACAUGCACGAAGAAUUCAAACAGAAUGUUAAAAAGCUCAUGAGGUACCGGGAUGUGAUUCUCACUUGCAACGAUUAUAAAGAUUAUAAUUAUACCCCCUUGCCGUGGGAGCAUGCUAAUCAUAUUUCUAUGGCAAGUCACACCAACAUGUAGCCUGCUAAGAUUCUGAACAGUGAAUCUCCAAUGCUACUUCAAUCAGAGCUUCGUUACCACUCGUCAUCUGUUAUCAGUUUCAAAAUUUUGAUGCUAACCAGUAGUUAGGUACUGGGUAAGCAAUGCUUGCUUCGUUAUGUUUACUAUACGGAUUGUAUGGUCUUAUUGAACUCUCCGUUUGUAACUUUAUUUGUGACAACAAAACUCAACCGCUUGAAUGUUAGAACAAGUUGCACUUCAGUUUCACCUGAUGCAUUAGUUAUGUAUUACAAGUCUAGUCACUGAGGCCCUUAUUAUCCGCAUUAGUUGUGUAUUACAAGUCUACUCCCUGAGGCCCUCAUUAUCGUCAGUAAAAGUUCUUCAAUUUUGAAAUGAUUAUGUGCGAAUUUGUCCUA